CCAAUCAAAGCGGGAACGGUCAUCCUCUCCCGAUCUCAUUUCGCUGAUCUAAGGACCGGACGGUGGUAUAACUAGCACGAAUGCCAUCGUCAUACAUCCACCAAGUUCGCCUCUCACCCACACCCAUUCUCUACCAAUAUGACCUACGUCUCCAAUGAUCCCACUUGGUGGCCGAUCAUCGAUGCAUCUCGGUUGGCCAGCUAUUUUAUAGUCGCCGCCUUUGUUGCAGUGAUGUAUGAUGGGGCACUUACAUUUGGACAAGAGGUGGAGCUCAUCUGGAGACAACGAUGGUCCCUAAUGACGGUUAUGUAUCUCGGUACGCGUUACCUUGGAAUCUUAUACGCUGCCCUGAACAUUCUGAGCAAUACUCCGACCAUCUCGCUGACGGAUACAGUGAGCUGGAUUAUCUACGUCGUAUGGGAGUGGACGGGUGUUGUGGUAUUUGCGAUGCUGUGGGUCAUCAUCAUCGCUCGGUUGUAUGCGAUGUAUCAAGGAUCCAGAAAGAUCCUAAUAUUUCUCAUUGUCACCCUCUUGGCUGUCAACACUUUCGAUGGAGUAGUCUCCAUAAUGGCAAUUAUACAUACUUCAGGGGAGGAAUCCAUUCUCUCUGGCACUUAUCAGUGCCGGCUUAACUAUUCGAAAGAUAUCCCACUUCUUAUAUCUGUGGGUUGGAUGCUCGGCACUGUAUGGGAGGUCCUCGUGCUAUGUCUCGCAGUCUGGGUUGUAGUAAAACACUGCCGUGAAUUGCGACAAUAUUCUGCAGGAGGGAUUAUCGGGGACUGUUUCACGGUGUUGAUGAAAACUCAUAUACAUUACUUUGCGAGCUUUGUUGUUGUUUCUUGUCUCCAUCUCAUCAUUGAUUUAUAUCCAACAUUCUUCUUGAGCAAUUCCCUGGCCCCUCAGAUUAUUGCUGGGGUGACUCAAAUUUUGGAGGUUGUGCAGAUGUUUGUGCUGGGACCGCGCCUCAUCCUUGGCGUUCGGGAAUACCACGCUAGGCUCGUUGCCAAUUCUGACGUAGCAACUGGUAUGACCUCAAUCGCUUUCCAUGAGCGCGUGGAAAUAUCAACUGGUAGUGGUGUGUGAUAAUCGGUGGAGUUGACGGUUGUCUAGUGCCCUGGAAAGAGCAGGGAAAUUUGCUUUUAUUUAUUACCACUUUUCUGAAAGUAUUGAUCGAAGUUAUUUGGUGUUUCAAAGUAGUUUUCAAGGGGACAUACAAAGUUUCUCGCCGUGUUAUUUUGUCAAGUGAUUUGCUAUACAUACUACGUGCUGAUAAUAUUUAAAUCAAUAUCCUGAAUAUCUCUACUCGCACUAGCUCCCCACAUACCCUUGCACCAACGUCCGGUUCUUAUUUUCUCUAUGCGAUGACAAUCAUUCAUAUGUUUGCUUAGGCAGUGCGCGAGAG